AUGCCUGGCAGUCAAGGACACAAGGAUGCCGUCCCUCCUCCACCUCCUCCGCCUGAUGAUCCAAACUCGAAGGUCUCCCCGUUCGUCCAGAAGCUGAGGUCUGCUCCUCCUGGCUAUUUCUUCCAACCCCAAAGGCCACCUCCUCAUACGGAUUCAUUUGCUGCGCCCACCGGCCCGUAUUUCUUCUACGGCACGCUGUCUGAUCCGGCUAUGCUCCGCGAUAUCCUUAGCUUAGAAACAGAACCAAAGCUUCGACCCGCUACUAUUACUGGCUAUAAAUGCAAGUUAUGGGGCCAGUAUCCAGCUCUGCUGGACGCCCCAGAAAAGGUUGUCCAUGGGGCCGUCUAUCAUGUCGAGACUGAAAAGCAUGGGGAGAGACUCGCCCGCUAUGAAACAGAUAAUUACCAGGCCGUUCCGUGUCGCAUCACCUAUACUGACGGAUGCGAGCCUGUGGAAGACUUUGGCCAUGUGUUUAAAUUUGUCGGCAAUGUCAGAGACUUGAGUGAUGGCACCUUCGAUCUAGGCACUUGGCUAAGGAGGGUGAAAAGAGAUGUUAAGUAG